GAGAGAGAGAGCACACGAGGGAUCGCCGUGUCUCGCGUUAUCUCGAAGAAGAUCGAAAGAGAAGAAGAAGAAGAAGAAGAAGAAGAAGAAGAAAGCGGCGUCUAGAAAAAUUAUUCGUUUCCAGUUUCGCGGAUAUUCAACGUGUCGUCGUCGAUACGUAAGACGAAGCAACGAGAGAGAAAAAGAGAAAGAAAAAGAGAGAGAGACAGAGAGAGAGAGAGAGAGAGAGAGAGAACAACAAAGACGAAGAGUAUGAUGAUCGGCGAAGUGCUGAAAAAUCUUUUCGCAUAAGAUAAAAAAAAAGAUAUAUAUAUAUAUAUGACCGUGACAAGUGUGGAGGUGGAUGGGGGAUAGGGCAAACAUACAAAUGAUCGAACGAGGAAAUUUUCUUAAGUUCUCGCGAACGGUAUAUUCGCACAAAGGCAUUAAGCAAACAUCCUCUUUCGAGAUUCCAUUCUCUCGUGACAGAAUCGUAGAAACGAUGUGAGAAGAGAUGACAGGAGGGCAAGGUUGCAGGGACGUAUCGAUGUGGUCUUAGUGAAAGAAAGACGAAGGAUUGUGAAGAUCGAGAAGAAGAAGAAGAAGAAGAAGAAGAAGAAGAAGAAGAAGAUGAAGAAGGAGACGAAGAAGAAGAAGAAGAAGAAGAAGAAGGAGAAUGAGAAGGAAACUGUAUAAGAGCGAAAGAGAAGAAGAGAGGGAGGGGUACGUAGUGGUAGAGGCCAGAAGAGAAUAAGAUAGAAAGGGACGGACUCCUCACGAUGAAAAGAAGAAGGCGGGACAAGGAAAUAAGAACGUAGUGGAUGGAGGCUGCAGAUGCUGAGGAGCCACUGUAAGAGCCCGGAGAGUGUACCUGUCUUGUUUUUAUAGGCUUGCCAGAACGUCGGGCCCUGGCUACGGAGGACGACGACGACGACGACGACGACGACGACGACGACGACGACGACGACGACGACGACGACGACGAGGACGACGACGACGACGAAGGAGAAGAAGCAGAAGAAGAAGAAGAAGAAAGAGAAGGAGACGAAGAAGACGAGGAAAAGGAGGAGAAAGAAUAAAAGGAAGAGGAGGAGAAGAUGGAGGAGGAGAAGAGAGGAGAGUUAGAGAGGUGGGAGAAGGAAGGCCGGCUGCUAUGGAUACGAGAGGGGUCAGCGAGGAAGAGGGAGAACCGUUGAGGGCCGGAGGGCGACCGGAGGGGCGAGGUAAGAGAGCGGAGGAGCCAGCUUGGGCCUUACAACUUGCCAACCAGUUCUCGGAGAACCGCGGGUCUUGCCAGAGCCGUAUACACGCGCGUCGACGCCCGCGACUUUAUUUCAUCUCUUCUUCUCGCCUCCUCCUCCUUUUUCUUCGUCUUCUUCUUCUUCUUCUUCUUCUUCGUCUUCUUCAUCUUCUUAGCCGAGAAAGUCGAUAACUUUUUCGAGAUCAGUGAACCCGCGGCCCGUGGAAUUUCUUUACUCGUUACGUUUCGUUACGUUCUAAGACCGGACGUAAUUUUUAAGAGGAUUUAAGCCGACCGUGUAUCGUGUAAUUGUAUAAGUCGAGGGAGAAAAUAAAGAAGGAAAAAAGAACGAGACAGAUAUAAAGAUAAAUAAAUAAAUAAAUAAAUAAAUAAAUAAAUAUAGAUAAAUAGAUAUAUAGAUAGAUAGAUAUACAGAUAGAUAAAGAAAGAAAGAGAGGGAGGAUAGCCAGUGGAGAAAGGUCAACAUACUUGGCGUUUUGUGCGACGAGAUCUUCGUAGAAAAGAAGUGUUUGUGAGUGUGCCCUUUACAUUGGAAAAGCAGUGUUGUGCGUUGGGAAGGUGUGCCAACGUUUGAAAAAUAAAAAGCAAAAUAAAAUAUAAAAAAGAAUCAUAGAUAAAAGAGUUGGAUUAGAUGGAUCGGUGCGGGCAUUGUGUAGCGACGCGGGUGCAUCGUUAGAGGAUCAAUAGUGUACAAUAGGAGUAAAAGAAGAAGAAGAAGAAGAAGAAAGAAAGAUUUCAUGGGAUAUUGAGAACCCGGAGAACGGCGGAAAGAUGCGGGGUAGUCCUGCCUUCUUCGCCAUAUUACUCGGCACGAUAUUCGGCGUCCUCGGUGCGUCUCUCAGCAAGGCGUUGAGGUACAAAGCGCCGGACGAGUGCAAAUGGGUUACCGCGGGCGAUGCCGAGGAUGACGUUUCCUUGGUAUGCCGUUUGAGGACAAUCAAUAGCGAACUGGAGAACACCAAUUUCAGUGUUAUACAACCCCAGCACACGGUUCGCUUACGUCUCGAAUGUAGCGACGCUCUUUUCUAUCAGAGUUCCCUAACCGCCGGUAGCUUUAGGCCGUUGGUCGAGCUCCGUGAGCUCGUUAUCGAGUAUUGCAAGAUAGGCAAUCUCUCGGACGACGCGUUCAAAGGUCUUCGAGAGUUGCGUAACUUGACCGUUAGGACGCACAAUACCGAUUGGUCCGCUAUGGCAUUGGACGUUUCGGCCGGUGCAUUCACGGACGAGCUUCGUCAAUUGGAAAAGCUCGAUCUAGGUGAAAACAAUAUAUGGAAUAUACCGGAAGGUGCUCUCUGUCCUUUGAUCAACUUGGAAAUUCUCAAUUUGACGAGGAACCGUUUGAGAGAGGUGACGAGUUUUCGCUUCAAUGCAAUCAGCAAGUGCCUUUCGAGCUUGAAAGAACUCGAUCUUAGCAACAAUAGCAUCGAGUCCCUGCCUACCGCCGCGUUCUCCGGUUUGACCAGAUUACACAGCUUGGAUCUACGGUGCAACGCCAUAGGCUUUAUGGCGGAUCGUGCUUUCGAGGGCCUCUCGUCCCUGGCCAUCUUGAAACUUGCCGACAAUCGUCUCUCCAGUUUACCCCCCGAGCUAUUCAGCGACGCGAGAAGCAUUCAAGAGAUUCAUCUUAGGAACAACACCUUGAACGUGCUACCGCCCGGUCUCUUUGGUGAACUCACGCAAUUGUUGGUGCUUGACUUGUCGCGUAACGAACUGACGGUCGAAUGGGUGAACGCCGCGACAUUCGGUGGUCUCGUAAGAUUGGUCGUAUUGGAUCUAUCGAGUAAUCGGAUAAAUCGACUGGAUCCGACUGUAUUCCGUGAUCUUUACAGUUUACAGAUAUUACGAUUACAGGAAAAUCUUUUGGAGAGUUUACCGGAGAACACGUUCUCCGCCCUUUACAAUCUUCAUACGUUACUUUUGAGUGACAACAGAUUGACCGUAAUAGAUGCAACCACUCUAAGUGGACUUUACGUAUUAAGCUUGCUCUCCCUCGACAACAACAGAAUCCAUACGAUACAUCCGAGCUCUCUGAAGAACGCCUCGUCUCUCCAGGAUCUUCAUCUUAACGGUAAUCGACUGACAUCGGUGCCGGACGCCUUGAAAGCCACUCCCCUAUUGCGUACUCUCGACCUGGGCGAGAAUCUCAUUUCCGAGAUACCGAGUGGCACCUUCGACCACGUGGCACAACUCUAUGGUCUUCGAUUGACCGAGAAUCACAUAGGGAAUCUUACCAAGGGAAUCUUCGAUCGUAUCAAAGAAUUGAAGAUUUUGAAUCUAUCGAGAAAUCGAAUACAAUACAUCGAGCCAGGAACGUUCGAUGAGAAUCUCAAUCUCCAGGCAAUACGUCUCGAUGGGAAUCAGUUGACUGACAUUGCCGGACUCUUCACCAAUUUACCGAAUCUCGUAUGGUUGAACGUCAGUGACAACAAACUGAAGUGGUUCGAUUACGCGAUGAUACCGACGGGACUCCAGUGGCUCGACAUACAUUCGAACGAGAUACGCGAGCUAGGGAAUUACUUUGAAAUAGAGAGUCAAUUACAAUUGAGUACCUUUGACGCAAGUGAGAACAAGCUAAUGGAGAUUACGGGCAACGCGAUACCGAUGAGCGUAGAAUUGCUCUUUCUCAAUGACAAUUUAAUAUCGAAGGUGCAGAGUUAUUCUUUCUUCAAGAAACCAAAUUUGACGCGGGUCGAUCUGAAGGGCAAUCAGAUACGGAAUCUCGAGCCGUACGCGUUACGGAUCAGCGCCGUACCACCGGACAAACCAUUACCGGAGUUCUACAUCGGUGACAAUCAGUAUUUAUGCGAUUGUACGAUGGAAUGGUUGCAACGCGUAAACCGACAAAACCAAACGCGAGUUCAACCAAGAGUGAUGGAUCUAGAAAGUAUUUACUGCAAGCUUCUUUACGAUCGCGAACACGCAUUCGUACCAUUGGUCGAAGCGUCCCAUUCCCAAUUCCUUUGCAAAUACGAAACUCAUUGUUUCGCGCUCUGUCACUGUUGCGACUUCGACGCUUGUGAUUGCGAAAUGACGUGCCCGUUGAACUGCACUUGCUAUCACGAUCAAUCCUGGUCGGCGAACGUCGUGGAUUGUUCGAACGGCGGGCACACGAACAAACUGCCCGAACAGAUACCGAUGGACGCCACUCGGCUCUACCUCGACGGUAACGAUCUCCGAGUCGUGUCCAGUCACGCUUUCAUCGGCCGUAAGAAGCUGAAAGUUCUCUUUCUGAACUCGUCCAACAUCGAGAUCGUGCAGAACAGGUCGUUCAACGGACUACGCGACCUCGAGGAUCUUCACUUGCAGGACAACAGGGUUCGUGAGUUACGGGGACACGAGUUCGAGGGAUUGGACGCUCUUAGGCAGCUACAUCUUCAACGGAAUCAGCUCGUCUCGAUCGGUAACGACACGUUCGCGCCGUUACGUUCUUUGAGAGUUCUAAGAUUGCAAAGUAACCGGCUUACGACUUUGGCGGUCUGGACGUUACCUUCAUCGAUCGAGGUCAGCCUAUCGGCUAAUCCUUGGUCCUGCGAGUGUGACUAUCUUCAGAGUUAUCGCGAAUGGAUACGCGAACCGAAUGUUCGUGUAACGGACGCUUCUGAGUUACGUUGCGUUUACAACGUCACGGAGUUCGAAGCCUUCGGCGACGAGACAUUUACCGACGACGAGUUUGGCUUCUCCGUAACGGCAAACGAUCGUGACACGAACGUUAAUGGGAGUGCCAGUUCCUCGUGUACCGGUGCGGUUCCUAUAGACAACGAAGUGCAUAGAAAUUAUACGAAGACCAUCAUUGAGAAACAAGUAUUACAGGACUAUUUGCCGCUUUUAGUUGCAACCCUGGCCAGUUCCUUGGUUAUAAUGUUAUUAUGUAUGCUAGCAUUUAUAUUUCGUCAAGAACUUCGGGUGUGGUUUCAUUCGCGUUUCGGCGUACGAAUCUUCUAUAGAAAUCACGAGGUCGAUCGAGAUGAUAGGGAUAAACUCUUCGACGCAUUCGUUAGCUACAGCUCGAAGGACGAGGCAUUCGUAGCGGAAGAAUUGGCACCGGUAUUGGAGAUGGGAAAUCCUUCCUAUAAACUUUGUCUUCAUUAUCGUGACUUUCCUGUCGGAAGUUUCAUAGCCGAUACGAUCGUACAAGCGGUCGAAUCAUCAAGAAGAACUAUCAUGGUACUCUCUGAGAACUUUAUUAAAUCCGAGUGGUGUCGUUUCGAUUUUAAAUCGGCCCAUCAUCAAGUAUUGAGGGAUCGAAGACGUAGGUUGAUCCUAGUACUCGUUGGUGACGUUCAUCAGCGUGAUCUAGAUCCGGAUAUACGUUUGUACUUAAAGACAAACACUUAUCUCCAAUGGGGCGAUAAGCUCUUUUGGGAAAAGCUCAGAUUCGCGUUGCCGGAUGUUCCCAAUAAUCAAAGGACCACGCAAAGGAAUAGACAACCGCCGCCUGUCCGACGGCAGCACAACAAUAGGACGUCCAAUGGAUCGCGCACGGUCUCCGUACAUAUAUAAACUUCGACGAUUAAUAAUAAUACUGUUAUCGACUUCGUAGUGUCUUAGUGCGACUAAGUGACAAUCGUCGAUAAUAUCGAUUCUGUGGUUCUCUUUUUCCCCCUCUUCUUUUUUUUUUCUUCUUCUUCUUCUUCUUCUUCUCUUGUGUGUGCAAUAGAGAGUGUAAAUAUAAAUGAUCAAAGGAGCAAGCUGUAGAAACGAUAAACAUUAUAUAAAUAUAAAUAUAUAAAUAUAUAUAUAUAUACAUAUAUAUAUAUAUGCGAUAUAUAAAUAAUAUACGAACGAGGAGAAUGUGCUUAGCACAAAUCGUUUGUUGUUAUUGUACAUAGGAUGUGAGAGUUGAAUCACGGUGCUUCUUUCGUCGUUAAUGAAAGAGAGAGAGAGAGAGAGAGAGAGAGAGAGAUGUAAGAUGAAAAGAGAAAGAAAGCUCUUGUUUGUAAAGUUCGUGAAUGAGUCCGGUGUGUAUGUGUGUGUGUG